UCUGCUCCACCGACACACUUUGCUCUGAGGAGAACACGGCUACGGGUCGCUCUUUACGCACAGCACGACCGCGAAAUUACGCCAGAGUCCGAACCGUUCUUUGUCAGUUUAAUGGUGGUUUAAUGUGCGACACGCGUCUGCGUUCAAUCUCCUGCAAUUUGAAGUCGAUGUACACUUUUCCAGACACCCAGAGCGGGUAGAUCUCUCGCCUCUGUCGCGCGUAAAACCAGUCUCGCGCGCCGGGAAGCAAGAAACGCGCUGCGAAGUGUUGGUUUUCUCUCGGAUAUUUGAGUUGAUAAAACAAGAUGGAAAACUUUACAACAUCUCCAGAGAUGAACCGCACGUUAGGAAUCUGGACGGACUACAGCAUCCAGUACAAAGUGAUAAGCAGUUUAUUGCUUUUGGUCAUUUGUGUUCUAGGAAUCGUUGGUAACGUGAUGGUCAUCCUGGUGGUGCUCACCACCAAACACAUGAGGACUCCCACUAACUGCUACCUGGUGAGCCUGGCUGUGGCGGAUCUGAUGGUGCUGACAGCGGCCGGUCUGCCGACUAUCACAGACAGUAUCUUUGGAUCUUGGGUGUUCGGACACUAUGGUUGCCUCUGCAUAACAUACUUCCAAUACCUCGGGAUCAACGCCUCCUCCUGCUCCAUAACAGCGUUCACUAUAGAGAGAUACAUCGCCAUCUGUCAUCCCAUUAAAGCCCAGUUCCUGUGCACUCUGUCCAGAGCGAAAAAGAUCAUUUUGUUCGUUUGGGCUUUUACUUCUCUGUACUGUGUGAUGUGGUUCUACCUGUCUGACAUCCAGGAGCUGGUGUACGACAACAUCACCAUCAUCACCUGCGGCUACAGAGUCCCCAGGAAGUUUUAUCUACCCAUUUACUUUUUCGAUUUCGGCGUCUUUUUCGUGCUGCCGCUGCUGCUUUCCGCGGUUCUCUACGGACUCAUCGCCCGGAUCCUCUUCCUCAACCCGCUGCCCUCCGACCCCAAAGACAAGAAGAAGAACGGACACAACAACCACACCAUCAAUAAGAGCACCAGCUGCAAAAACUCCCGUCACUCCAGCUCCACCGCGACCUCCCGCAGACAGGUGACCAAGAUGCUGGCCGUGGUGGUGAUACUGUUUGCCACACUCUGGAUGCCGUACCGCACUCUGGUGGUGGUCAACUCCUUCCUGGACCGGGCCUUCCUGGACAACUGGUUCCUGCUUUUCUGCCGGAUUUGUAUCUACCUCAACAGUGCCAUCAACCCGGUCAUCUACAACGCCAUGUCUCAGAAGUUUCGCGCAGCUUUCCGCAAGAUCUGCCGCUGCAGGAGGAAGGGCUCCGAUAAACCUGCCACCUACAGCGUGGCCCUCACCUACAGCGCCGUCAAGGAGACAUCGAUGGUGGAGAGCACUGAUCACUUCACGACGGAGCUGGAGGAGCUCACUGUCACAGACGAACUGCUGUCUGAGCAGAAGAUGAUGUUCCCAGACUCCUGUGUUUAUGGGAAGGUGAAUUUCAGCGACGCCUGAGGUUCGUUUGAGGCCAGAGAGACGAUUCUGAGGAUGAACUGAGGAUUAAAGACUUGCUGAGAAAAUGUUGCUUAAUGGAAUCUGCUAUGAGGGAAUAUUGUUUCCUGAGUGCCUGCUGACCUUUUCAAAGGCAGGUGCUGUAGCUAGAGAUGUAAACACAGAUUACAGCCACUUUGAAUCACAAAGGCAGGCGUGCUCUUCAUCGAGAAUGAUCAUUGUAAAGCCACAAACAUCGACAGAUAAGUGCUCUCCUAUCUCACAGCUGUCAUCUUUUCUUGGACCUGCCCUUAUAAUAUACUGAGCAUGAGCCAACAAAACAUGAAUGUGAAGAAAAGCACCAUUCUUACUUCAAGUAUAUGGUGUUAUGUCUCAAUGGAGAGCCAGGACACUAAUUUCUGAUUGUUAAAGCUGCACAAGGCAGCGUCACAUGGCAGCAUGGCAGCAUGGCAUGUGGGCGGCUCCAAGUAGCGGCAAAGGGUAACUGUCUGACAUAAUGUGAACUUCAACACCAAGAAAUCUUGUGAUGUGACGUCAGUAAACUGUCCUCACAAGAUUCAUGUGGACUACACAGCCAGUCAGAGACGCUUUAAUACAGACGGUAAUACCAAAGACAUGACAGAUCCCAUACAUCUGGCUUGGAAGUAUAGAAUUCUGUCUUUCUGUUUUAAUUCGCCAUUUUCCACGAGUGAAUUGAUCACACUGUACAUGCUCUCAGUUUCAAGCAAGUCUGCCUGAUUUAAGCUGAGAGAAAAAGGUGUAUUUUCACACCAAAGUAAACCCUCACUCACCCUGUACAGCUUUAAUAACUGUGCACCAUCCUGGCCCCCUUAAUGUUUUCAGGGCAGGUGGUCCAUUAAGGGGUGAGUCACACCUGAACCUUCACUGACAAAACAGGCCCUAUUUUUAUUGUGGAGGACAUGUAUACAGCCUUGAGCACUUUGUGAAAACCAAGACAGAGUGUGCUGAGAGUGCUCUGGAGGCUGGGGUUGUGUUAGUAUACAGUCUCUUAGUGGCAAGUGUUCACUAACAGACACAGAGUGAAAGUAUAUAAAGCACUUUGUUGGUUAACUGAAAAAGUGCCAUAAAGUUUAUGGUUUAAUAUCUGCUGCUAUGGCUGCCACAGUCUCAUCAAAGGUGAGACUGAGAAUGAGGAAGACAUUUUCCUGCAGGUGUGCAUGAGUCUGCCAAAGCUAGGUUCUUGUGAGUCACGUUACAAAAUGAAAAACCUUUAAAUUAACAACUAGUUUUCAACGGAAAAAAAAAAAUGUAACUGUUCCUAGCAAAUGCAAGGGGUCGAUCAGAAGAUAAAAUAGGCAAAAUAUCCCCCACUACAAAACAGAAAUGACAUGAGCAGUAGAAGUGGUAGUCAGUUGCUGAAAGGAAUCUGGACUAAAGUUUAUUCUUGAAUAACUAAUUAACAUCUACUACUUAAAUCCUGAUGGUUUAUUGUAGUGAAACAAACCUAACCGUAUACCUGCCCUUUGUUGCACCUGUGACCACACCCACUGGUGAUGUCACCAUGUACUGACACACCUAUGAGUACACUUCUACAUCACUGCACCAAGGUGAGAAGUUAAACAACAAACAAGAUUAUCAUUUGCUCAAUUUCUCGCUCAACCUUUACAGAUGUAUGAAUGAAAGAAUUACUACAUAAAUUAAAAAACUUAUUUACAUUUUUAAAUGCAGAACUAAUGGCUUAAACCUAAAAUUAACUGUUAAUGUAAUAUACAGCACUGGUUAAACUCUUUUGAAAUAUGCCUUAUUAGACAGUGAUAUUUCCUAAUAUUUCAAGAUGUUAUUCUACAAUUCUCUCUCAGUUUCUCAUUUUUGUUUGAACAGCAGCAGUUGUUGUAAACCACAUUGUUUUACAGUGUGAAAGACUAUGUAUAGUGUUACAGAGAUAUAGUGUUACAUACAGAAUAUGUUCGUAUAUUUUAACUGCAGCACUAUAGGUUCCACCAGUAUUUGUGAUUUCAAGCUGAGGCAAAGUGAAUUUAGUGUCUGUGUUUUGUAUCAUGUGAACUGUGGAUUUGACAAACCAUCGCUUUGCUCGUCUUGCUUCUUAGUUGUGAAAGCCAUCAGUGAGCCGGUGAACGUGGCUGGAUGGACGUGUGAUGUUUAGAUAUGCUGAUGUUGUGUGGCGUUUUCUGCCAUAUCAGUGACUGUUUAUGAAUUUCUGAGCACAAUCUACCAAACAGGGAAAUAUAAUUGGGCAGCAACAGCAGCAGCAGCAGCAGCAGACACAGCGGAGGAAGAUGAAGCUCUCGUCCUGACACUCGGUUUGUAUGUGGAAAAUAUCAAAUAACAGAUGUAGUUUUUGUUCAAUGAUUGUAUCAAUACUGUACAUGCCUUGAGUAUCAGUAUAUCCAUGCACUUGUGUAUGUUCAUUGUGUAUUUAAAGUGAUUGUUAUUUAUGUUAACUCUUCUGUUUGUCAAUCAGAAAAGAGAAGUUAUCUGUAUAUUUUUAUCUCUUACUUUAAUUAUUAGCCAUUUAAACAUUAGAAUUAUUAUUUAGUGAUGUACUGUUUGGAAGCUGCUGCUUUAGUCCUGCUUUUUAGAUUAAUGUGAUCCUGUGAGUAUGUUGAUGGUUAUCUACAAAAUGUUCAUUUGUACAUUUAUCUUUAUGUUCCAAAUAAAGUUGUUUCUGGAAUUAGA